AUGAGUAGAAAUGAAGUUAUGAUCAAAUUAGUGAAGACUGGUCGAGAUGGCUUAAACCGCGCAACAGCGCUCAAGGCCGCGCACACCGGACGAAUGAGGAACUCUCAUCCCAUGAUUGACCCGUGCAUAACGUUCACAUCCAUACCGUCAAGCGCACGACCGCGCCAUGCGAACAGGAAGGCAUCGCCUCUCGUUCGUCCCGACCGUCAACACAAUCUGUGUCCCGCGCACGAUCGCACCGUCCGACCAGGAAGGCAUCGUCUCUCGUCCGGCCAGAACAUUCAACCAACAUUAUCCGCCCGGCCGAACCCGGCGACUAAACGAGAAUUUUUCCGGCCACGAUCGACUUGA